AUGUUAUUUAGAUAGAAGGAGAAGAUAUAAGAUGUCGGAAGAAGCAAUUUUCGUGAAUUUUAUAGAAUGGAGCAAGAAGCCCAAACUAAAACAGUUAAAAUGAUGCCAAGUGUUCAGUCAGGUCUAUCCAAAUCAACGAAUUAGCCUUUGAUUGACGAGAAUCAGAGUUCUUUGACUGGAAGCAGUUGGGAUGCCAAACACUUAGACACCUUCCUUAAACAUAGCAAAUAUUCAAGCAUGAGAUAAACAUAGGAUCUCGACAACUAAGCAAUAUUGGUUGGGAGUGGUUAGAAUCAGAGUUUCUUUUUUCGUAGACAACAACCUCGAAUAAUACCAGAAUAUAUUGAUUACUUGAACAUGAGCAAAAUUAAUCAUAUUGUUUCUGAUCAUCCAGUCAAUCAUUCACAAGAAGUUAUCACGAAAAGAUUGGAAGUACCUGAUAAAAAUUAUGAGUAAUAAAAUCUCGCAUUGUCACAAGUAAUAACACUCAAAAAACCAUCAGGAUAUUUGGCUGAGCUUAAAGAAACCUAAGAAUAGCAAAAGAAAUACCAUUAAUGGAGAGAAGAAUUCAGCGAAGCCAACAAAGCGUAUAGGAAGAUCAGAUAAGCUUACAAAUCAGGAAUAAUCGGAAUUGACAAUCCAACCAUUGAAAAUUCUGAAUUGUACAAAGAAGAGCAUUAGAAAUUCAAGUAAAAACAAGAAAGUCGAAUUAUUCAUUCUAUCAAUAGAUAACAAUGUACAAAUAUAUAUGUGAUUUCAGCCUUGGAAAAGUACUCAAGGGCCAAUCCUAACAUUGAGUUUGAUAAUAGGAAAUAUGAUGACAGUCUGACUCAAAUCAAUCAUACCAGAAAAUUAGGAUAAUACCCUUGUCAAACUUUCGAGAUGGAUUCUAAAUGGAUGCAUAAGAAAACUAUCAAUCCUAGUCAGAAUACUUAAUAAAGAUUGUUCGGAGGAGUCGAUAAGAUUAGCAGAGCGGCAUCGCUAAGAGCUGAGAAUAUUAAGAACCAGGAACUUAGAGGAAGAGAUUAUAAUUGCAUAUGUUUAACAAAGGUUUAAUGA